AUGUGGGCGCGUCAGGCCAGUCAGGCACGAGAUCUCGAGAAAGUCAGAAAGUUCAAGUCGCGCUCAGAAGGUACACCCGUCGCACAUCAUAUCGAUGCGGAACUGCUCCAUCCUGCCACACCACCAGCGGAGGUCGCGCCUGCUACGAAUAUCCUGGAUCGGAUCUUACCCGGCUGGGCGAUGGGGGCAAAGCCAUAUCUGCUCUUGACGAGGAUAGAUAAACCUAUCGGAAGCGUGCUGCUCUUCUGGCCAUGUGCCUGGUCAAUCACCAUGGCGUCCACCGUGAACCACCUCCCCAUCACCACUCCCCUCUUCUACAUGGGCCUCUUUGGCGUCGGCGCCCUCAUCAUGCGCGGCGCAGGAUGUACCAUCAACGACAUGUGGGAUGCCAAGUUUGAUCGUGCUGUAGAACGAACCAAGAACAGACCAUUAGCGAGGGGAGAUGUCACGCAGUUUGGAGCUCUGACGUUUCUGGGCGUGCAGUUGACCGCUGGACUGGCUGUCUUGACGCAGCUCAACUGGUAUUCGAUCGUAUUGGGGGCUAGCUCGCUAGGCCUGGUCAUUCUCUACCCGUACAUGAAGCGAAUCACCUACUACCCUCAAGUCAUCUUCGGGAUGACAUUCAACUGGGGUGCCUUCCUGGGCUGGUCAGCCGUCGUCGGAGCUGUGGACUGGACGAUCGCUACCCCGGUGUACGUCGGCGGUGUCCUCUGGGGCAUCAUGUACGAUACGAUCUACGCACACCAGGACAAACACGACGACAUCCUCGUCGGCGUCAAAUCCACAGCCCUCGCCUUCCCCACCCACUCUCGACACUUCAUCUCCACCCUCUCCGCCUCCUUCGUCUCCCUCCUCACCCUCACAGGCUACCUCGCCGGCCUCGGCCCCGCCUACUACUCCAUCUCGUGCGUCGGCGCCGCGGCGCACCUGGCUUGGCAGUGCAAGACGGUAGACUUUGAGUCGCGCCCAGACUGCUGGAGCAAGUUUGUCAGUAAUGGGUAUUUGGGCGGGUUGAUCUGGUUAGGGAUUGCAGUGGACUAUGUGGGCGAGGUGCUUCUCAGUGGGUUAUGGUAA